AACUCUCUCCCUCGUUCUUGUGCAGCGCGCCCUCUCUCUCUAUCUCUCUCUCUCUUCUUUUAAAUACCCCUGUGCCCUACAUUUGAUUCCCCCCUCCCCUCUCUCAUUCUCUCCCCUUCUGCAUUAACAUGAACACCUAGUUACACACACAAAAAACACACACACAUUCAAUAAUAUAUAUAAUAAAAUACAUAGAGUGAGCUACAACAGUUGUUUAGCUCACUAUUCAUACAAUGUCAGCUUGCCACUCUGAUGAUCCUCGCAUCCAUGCCAUCAAAUCCAAAAUCAGGGUUGUCCCCAAUUUUCCCAAACCAGGGAUUAUGUUUCAAGAUGUGACUACACUGUUGCUGGAUCCAAAAGCCUUCAAAGACACAAUGGACUUGUUUGUUGAGAGAUACAAAAACAAGAACAUUUCUGUUGUUGCUGGCAUAGAGGCUCGUGGUUUCAUAUUUGGUCCUCCCAUAGCAUUGGCAAUAGGAGCGAAAUUUGUUCCUCUGAGGAAACCUAGAAAGUUGCCUGGGGAAGUAAUAUCAGAAGAAUAUACUCUGGAAUACGGAAGAGAUUGUCUAGAGAUGCACAUUGGUGCGGUUGAACCUAAUGAACGAGCUCUGGUUGUUGAUGAUUUAAUUGCUACGGGUGGCACCCUCUGUGCUGCUAUAAGUUUACUGGAACGUGCUGGUGCUGAAGUUGUUGAAUGUGCAUGUCUGAUUGAAUUACCAGAUCUGAAGGGUCGUGAGCGGUUGAAGGGGAAGCCAUUAUAUGUUUUGGUGGAAUCUCAUUAGCAUUGGAACAGGGUGAUACGGUUUAAGUUACUAUGAUGCAGCAUGCUAAUUUGUACAUUAGAGGGCCGCCAUCUACGGCCAUUUAUCUCUAUGAAUAACUCCCCUCAUUUGUUCUCUCCCAUUUUCUAAGUAGUAAUGAAUUCUUAAGUAGUGAUGAAUCCUUAAUUCUCCAGAGCCCUUUAAUUUAUUGCGAGAUGAAUCAUUAAGAGCCUUUAAUCCUUUUUAAGGUUCUUGCAGAUCCGAAAAAUUAUUAAGAGUUUUAUCCUAUUUAAGGUUCUUCUA